GUUGCGGGUUCCCGCGGUCAGGGCGUCUGUCCGGUUCCUCAGGACACCAUGGUCCCGGUCCCGCUUUGGGCCGGAGCUGGGCCGCUCCUGGCGACUCUCCUCAUCCUCGGAGCGGUGUCUGCAGAUAAUGACUGUUUGUGGUACACAGAUAAACAGGGAAACUGGCACAAUGGCUUUGACUGCCCAUUCUUUAAGUUCUGCUGUGGAAAUUGCACUUACCGCUAUUGCUGCGUGGAUCCAAUGCAACUCAUCAGUGAAAAACAGCAGAAGUAUUGUAUGUCCGUGAACCUCAGCUCUACCACUGUUGCUGGAAUUGCCUCUGCUAUCCUUCUAUUUAUUGUUAUCGUUGGGAUUCUCGUUUGUUGUUUCUUAUGCUCCUGCUGCUACCUGUACCGACGACGACACCAGAUGAGGCUACCCUUCACAGGUGGAAGAGAGGUGAUUCGCAGUUUCCCUAUGCAGCCAACCAAUCCACCCAGCAUGCCUCCUGGAGCAUACCCUCCGUAUCCAACAGCUCCUGGCUAUGGUGUUGCAGGUCCGAGAGAAAUGACUCACAACUACCCACUGCAGCCAGCCUAUCCGGCCAAUAUGCCUCCUGCACCAUAUGCUCCGUACCCAUCAGCUCCAUCUUACAAUGCUGCAACUGCUCCCCCAUACGCCUCAUCGUAGCUGGUUAGAGGAGGAGCUGGCACACAUUGCCCACCCCCAUCUCCAGUGUGUAGUUAACUGGUAACACACACAGUUUGUCCGACAGGGCCGUUAACUGGAAUACACCACUUUGCAUGACUGCCUUAGACUCCUUGUUUGUGGAAGUUUAAUUUUGAACUCCAGAUAAUCGGCAUUAUUAUUCUUUACCCUUAAUAUGCUCAAAGUUUAUUUGCACUUCUUUAUUUAUUUAUUGAUGCUAUUUCACCCUGCUCCAAUGUGUUCUUUUGGUUUAGGUGUGAUGCACAGAUUGAAAGUGUUAUCAAUGGUUCUGCAGUUUCACACAGUCUGUUUGUACAAUGUCAGUUUCAAGUUUAACAAUAUCAUUACGUUAUUUGUAUUAAGAAAGCUUUGAGAAAUUUGAUGAAAGGCUGGACUUGGUGUGAACAGCAUUGUAAGAAGAAUCAUUCAAAGUGUAAUGUAGUGGCUGAAUGAUUAAUUGGAGGGUGUGGCGAGGGUGGUGUGUGUGUCUGUGUGUGUGUCCGUGUGAGUGUGUGUCCGUGUGUUUGGCUGUGUGUGUUUGUUUGUGUCAUUGUGUGUGUGUCUGUCAUUGUUCAUGUUUGUGUCUUUGUAUGUCUCUGUCAGUGUGUGUGCAUCUGUUUGUGUUGGUGCUUGCGUGUGUGUGCGCACAUGUGUGUGUGUGUUGCUCGCUAACUCAUUUUGUGAUUUGUUUCGAAUGGUUAUGUCUGCAGCCAACCUCAACAAGUGAAACCUAACGAAGAGCAGGAAUGUUGUUGGAAUUUUGCAGAUGGCUGAUUUUUUAAAAAUUAACUGUCAGUACGAAACUUGGAACUUGGCCUGUGGCUAAUGUUUGUGAUGUUUUGUACAUUUUUCAUGAGCUUCAGAAGAAAUAUUAAUUAAACUCCUAGCACUUGGAUGUAGAUUCCCAAUAAAAAAAUCAAUGUAAUUUCUUAUUGCUUCGCAAGAACUCUGUUGUUUUGUUUUUUUUUCAGCAGGCUGUAACACUGUAAGAAAUUGAGACAGGAUAUGAUUUAUGGUCGCUGCUUCAAGAAUAUUAAAACUCCAGCCUCUCAAA